GCUCCCUCGCUCUGGAGCCCCUCUAAGCUCGGUUGUUGACACUUUCCAAAAAGUCAGCGCUGAACCUGUACGGAUAACGGAGACGCUGUCAGAGCUCGGCUCCCUCUCGGUACCAAAACGGAAAUCUGUCCCUCACCCGUAGAUGCUUCGCUCUGACUGACUGUGAGUUUGAACUUUUUCUCCUCCCUGGAAGAUCGCCGCGCAAUCUGUGCCUCUCCCCGCUGAGAAGGAAAGGAAUGGCUGAGAAGCGGAGGUCUCCGUGCGCGCUGAGCGUCAAGGCGCACGCCUUCUCCGUAGAGGCGCUGAUCGGAGCUGAAAAGCGACGCAGGACGAGCGAAGACGAUGCCGCGGUUUCCCCCGGGGGCUAUGAGGGUGAAAAUGAUGUUUCAGUUUUAACCGGGAGUCCUGCGCUGAGAGGCAACAGAGCCUGUAGCAGCGACCGGGGCAGCGAGGCUGGAUGCACAAGCGACGGAUCCCCGGAGAGCGAGGACGCGCUACUGGAGAGCCCGCAGCCCGCAGCUGCAGUGUGCGGGGCCCCCGGAGCCGGGAGCGGGGAGGAAACUCGCGUGGAGCUGCAGGGAUCAGAUCUGUGGAAGCGGUUCCACGAGAUCGGCACCGAGAUGAUCAUCACCAAGGCUGGACGGCGGAUGUUCCCUGCAAUGCGCGUAAAGAUUACAGGCCUGGACCCCCAUCAGCAGUAUUACAUUGCAAUGGACAUAAUCCCCGUGGAUAAUAAACGAUACAGGUAUGUGUAUCACAGCUCCAAGUGGAUGGUAGCAGGGAACGCGGACUCCCCGGUUCCCCCGAGAGUUUACAUCCACCCGGACUCUCCGGCUUCUGGAGAAACUUGGAUGCGUCAAGUCGUCAGCUUUGACAAACUCAAACUGACCAAUAACGAGCUGGACGACCAGGGACAUAUCAUUCUGCACUCCAUGCACAAGUACCAGCCACGGGUCCAUGUCAUCCACAAGGAGUUUGGAGAGGAGCUAUCUCCAGUUAGAGCCGUCCCUGUGGGGGAGGGAACUCGGACCUUCGCCUUUCCCGAGACCGUCUUCACGACUGUGACAGCCUAUCAAAACCAACAGAUUACAAGGCUGAAAAUUGACAGAAACCCAUUUGCCAAAGGCUUCAGAGACUCUGGCAGAAACCGGAUGGGUUUAGAGGCUUUGGUGGAGUCCUACGCAUUCUGGCGUCCAUCUCUGAGAACGCUCACGUUCGAGGACAUUCCUGGGAUGGCCAAGCAAGGAAUCCCUGGAGCCCAUGGAGGUGUUGGAACAUCAGCUCAUCUGCUCUCCACAUCCCCGUGCUCGUCGCCUUUCCAGGUUUGCCCUCUGAGCCCACCAGACUACAGCUGUAGUCGGUCCACACACCCCCUCCACUGCUACAGCAACUCACCCGAGCCGUUCCCCCCUCCCAGAGGUCCGCCUGGUUAUGAAGGUGAAGGAUUCCGCUCCCUCACUCUCCCUGCGGCUCAGCUCGGCUAUCUAUCCAAUCAUACCCCACAAGGUUACGCUGGGCUGCGCCUUCACAGCCCCCCCUACGGCCUGUAUGGCUACACAUUCCCCUCUUCACCACGUCUUGCCGCUAGCCCCGAUAAGAUCCCCACUGCUGCCACCGCCAGUCACCAGAGUCCCUUUCAUGGCUCCUCUCCCAGCGGGACUUUAACAGACAGCCUCGGUGUGCUCAGUGGAGGACAGCAGGGCUUCCUGUUUGACACCCGGACUUUAGGAGUGGCAAGUAGCCAGCCAGGAGGUGGUGCAUCACAGGUCACUGCUCAUAUGGGAUGAAUUUAACCCUGGCUUUUCAGGAAAACCUGGUUACACCCUAGUAAGGGUGGAAGAGUCCAUAAAGAGUAUUCCAUAAAUUGAGUACCCAUGUAUCUGACCUUUGGACAGAAUAAGAGGCACAGAUCAAAUAUGAACUUCUCAAAGUUUUAUUUGGGGAAUGGUUCCUCUAACUUACUUGUACAGCCUUAAUGGUGACUGACGAAACACAACUAAAGAAGGAGUCUAUAAGGCACGGACCUAACUGGAACUACAUAUGGUUGGGCCUCAAAGUGGUCCAGAGAUUAAGAGCAAGCACUUCAAUUUCCUGACAGGAAGCCCCAAUACAUUAACUGAAGACCUUAACCACAGCCAUGGUGAAAACAGUACUUAAGCAGUGCAGGCAGAUUAAGACGGGCUGACUGUUUAUCUGCCACUAACAUGUCUCUGAAGCAGGCAUUAAAUCACUGUGACCAAUAAAUGGGGACGGGGGCUAUGUUGUAUCUUCAUUUCUUGAGGAUCUGAAAGAGGCUUAAAAAAAGCAUCUGUUAAUCUGGUAACAUAUGUGUUCCUACCUUUUCAUUUAUGUCUUUAUUCUUUCGCAACAAGCACUGUGUAAAAGGCCCAGUGAUAGUCUCACAGCUUAUUACAUUGCCUUUAUGAUCCUUUCUCUAUUGGAUGGAACUGUUAAAACACUACUUAUUAUUGCACGCCUGAGUUUGCAUCGAUAUGCACUACAGGCAGAACCUGUCACCACUUGGACUAAAACACACAAAAAAGCUUUUUUCCUAUACAACAUCUGGGAGCUGAAGAAAUGUUAGAGCAAUGAGAUCAUGCUGAUGAGAAACCAACUGAGAUCUCCCUGUUUUGGACAGAACUUUUGUAAAGAGAAACUUGACGAAUUAAUUUACUUACCCUACAUCUGGUCUAACAGACGAUCACUUCAUUCAGCUCUUUAAUUGUAGAGCUUUUCCUCAGGAGGUCUAUGAAGCAUCUUCAUCUGUGUGUAACAAGAGGUAUGAUGGAUGGAAAGGUAGACGUGUUUUUAAAGGGCUGUUUGAGCCUUUGCACUUAAAAAACAAACAAUGCACCUGCUAUAGACUGGGUCAGGUGUAUGUCAACCCACCCUUAACUUGACCCUAAUGUUUUUUGAUGAAGUCACACUAUGACCGCCUGAAGACAUCAUCAAAUUCUGUGAUCUUUUUCAGUCAAAAUAAAACUAUAUCUGUCAAUGUGA